UCUGGCUCGGCUUUUCCCGGUUCGAAAUGUGGAGACUUUGAACCGUCGUCUGUAAACUAUUAAAUUUCCGGUGAGAAAAAAGAACUCCGGCGAGAAAAUGGCAGCUGCCGGAAAAUGCUUCCUUGCCACUGGCCCUGCUGGUAUUGGUAAGACAACUUUGAUAGUCAGAGUACUUGAAGGUCUCAGAAAUUCAAAUCCCAAUUUGAAAGUUCAAGGUUUCUACACUCGUGAGAUUAGAGAAGGAACUGAGAGGAUUGGAUUUGAGGUUGUGACACUUGAUGGACGUAAAGGGCUUCUUGCUUCUAACAAAAUCUCGAGCCCGCAGUCUCUUAGAUGGCCCACCGUGGGAAGAUACAGGGUAGAUGUUGCAUCAUUUGAGUCGUUGGCGUUGCCAGAGUUGCAGGUAAGGGAAGAUACUGAUCUCUUCAUCAUCGAUGAAAUUGGGAAGAUGGAGCUCUAUAGUUCCUCAUUCUUUCCAGCUGUACUAAAGGUCCUUCAAUCUGAUAUCCCACUCUUGGCUACUAUCCCCAUUACAAAAGUAGGCCGAGAUAUACCUGGAGUUGCGAGGAUGAAAAAUCAUCCAGGAGCUAGAGUUUUUACACUCGAUGCAAAUAACAGGGAUGCUAUGAGAGAACAGAUAUGUUCCAUCUUAGCAGAUGUGCUGCAAAAGCCUUAGAAUCUGAUAGGUGAAUCUUCCAGUAACUUACCUUCAUUAUUUUGUCCUUCGGAGAUGCACUAUUUAAGAAGACAAGCAUGCCAGAAGUGGCAUAUUUCACCGAUUCCCUUAAAAUCUCCAACACUUUGAAGGCCACUUUGAACACUGUAGCGUAGAAUGCUCAGAACAGCUGCUGAGAGAGGAAUUUUGAAGACGAGAGAGAAAAAAUGGGACGAUCUUUUAUAUAACACGUUGCUGGCUAAUUCUAACUAGUCACAAUCUAACUAUUUUGAAGCUUCCUUUAAUUUCUUCUGUAUUAGCAUUGUACAGAAAGAUGCUAACUUGAUGGCUAAUUUUUUGUGGAUUGGGUGUUUUGUAUCACACAUAAGGUAGCGAUCCAACUAAAGAUUUUGAUUCCAAUGGGACGGCUAUGAUCAUGGUAGUUGUGAUGAAGUUGGGACUUGUAUCGUCUAAGUCCACAGUAAACAUAUGAUGAGCUCAAACAAGAAAUUCAAGAACACCUAUACUGAUUAUGUAAUCCUGUGGUCGAAACACUUUUAUCUUUUUAGGGACAUUUUGUUUCUAAAGUCAAAACUUGAAGCCAUUGGUCUAAGGUUUGAAUGCAGUUCAAACUUAGAUAUCAUGUCUAAAUUUAGGUUUUUGGCUGAAAAAAGAAGAAACAAGAA